AUGGCAGGCGCCGGCUACCGCCUCCUCUCGCGCAUCGUGCGCAACGAUGCCAUGAAAGUCGACCCUCCCGAAAUCUACAAUCUUCGGGUCUUCCUCCUCGCCUGUGCCUCAUGUUUCGGCGGGACGCUGUUUGGCAUGGAUAUCGGCAUCAUCGGCGGCGUCAUCACCCUUCCCACCUUCGAAACCGCCUUUGGGUACUCCAAACUCGGCAAGGCGAAUGCAAAACUCGCCGACGCAAAUCUCAGCGCCAACAUCGUCUCCGUCAUGCAGUGUGGUGCUUUUCUCGGUGCACUCGUCGCAAACCCAUGCUCAGACCGCUGGGGCCGGAAACCUGGCUUGCUUGGUGCGGCUCUAUUUGCUGCGUUGGGAGGAAUGAUGCAAGCGGCGAGUUCAGGGAAUCUCGGGUGUUUGUAUGCAGGCCGGUUCGUGGAGGGGCUCGGACUGGGUGCUGCGACGAUGUUGACGCCAACGUAUAUCUCCGAGAAUGCACCACGAGCGACGAGGGGGAUGUUGGUGGGACUGUAUCAGCUGUUCGAGACCAUGGGGGCCAUGUUGGCGUUCUGGAUUAACUACGGCUCUCAACUGCAUAUCAAGGGCAAUGGUCAGUGGCAGGUUCCGCUGGCGAUGCAGUGUCUUCCGCCGACGCUGCUGUUCAUCGGCAUGCUCCUCUGUAAUGAGUCGCCCAGAUGGCUUGCGAGGACGGACCGCUGGGAGGAGUCUUCGAGGACGUUGGCGCAUGUGAGGAAGCUGCCCGAAGAUCAUCCAUAUGUUCAAGCAGAGAUGCUGGAGAUGCAGAGACAGUUGGAAGAAGAGUUGAACAGCGUCAACGGAGGCAAGGGUUUCUGGCCGAUCGUGAAGGAGAUGUGGACUGUGCCGAGCAAUCGCAAGCGGGCAAUCCUAUCGAUCGUGUUGAUGAUAUGCCAGCAGAUGACAGGAACCAACGCAAUCAACUACUACGCCCCUACGAUCUUCACAAACCUAGGCAUAACCGGCAACUCCAACUCCCUUUUCGCCACCGGAAUCUACGGCAUCGUGAAAAUGGUCGCCUGCGGCCUCUUCCUCAUCUUCCUCGCAGACACCCUCGGCCGCCGCUGGUCCUUCGUCUGGACCGGCAUUGCCAUGGCCAUCGCCAUGUUCUACCUAGGCUUCUACGUCCGCUUCGACCCACCUGUCACUGGAGAACCCGUCUCUCCAGCAGGAUACGUCGCCCUCGUUAUGGUGUACCUCUUCGCGGCCUUCUUCCAAUUCGGCUGGGGCCCCGUCUGCUGGAUCUACGUCUCGGAGAUCCCCACCUCCCGCCUGCGAGGUCUGAACGUCGCUCUCGCAGCCGCAACGCAAUGGCUCUUCAACCUCGUCGUCGCCCGCGCUACGCCCGUCAUGCUUGUUACAGUCGGGAAUCAUGGCUACGGAACGUACUUUAUCUUUGGUAGCUUCUGCGUGUGCAUGGUGCUUAUUGCGUGGUUCUUUGUGCCAGAGACGAAGGGCAUUAGUUUGGAGAGGAUGGAUGAGCUGUUUGGCGGGGUGGACUUUGGGGAUAUUGAGGAUGUUGGGCAAGCGGCGCGGACGGGGGUUUUGGAGAAGGGGAAAUUGGAGGGGGAAAGUGUUCAGGUUGAGAAGGUAUGA